UCCGCUGGCCUUGACACUUUCACCCUGUGCGUAAGUAACCUCGCCUGUUCCAGGAGCUCCCUCAUUAUCACCGUCAAGUGUUUACAGUGUCUUCAUUAGCGGCCAGCCCUCCAGUGAUAACGAAGCUUAAAAGAAGCCAUCAAUGGUGGUGAUAAGCAUGGCCGUGCUACUAUUUUGGUUGACACUAGUUCCCCCGUGUUUACUCUUGGGAGCAUGGGAGUGGACAUCAGUGCUAUGCUCCCUUCACUGGGGAUCUCCUUUGUCCAACCUUGCCGUCACAAAAGCUAGCAAGCUUUUUGUUUGAAAAUGCACAACUCCAGAAGGUUCUUGUUCCAGUUGUGUUUGAGUCUGGUGCUUUCCACGGGUUCCUGCACCUGCAAGCCGCUCAGCAAUGACAUCCACGGCGACGAUGACCUCGAGGGGCUUUACUCCCAGCACUCCACACAGGAGGAUCUUCUGGAGGAGGAAGACAUGGACUCUAGGAUGGCCGAUCUCCUCGGAACCAUGAAAGAAGACUUCCUGAGGAAACUCAACCUUUCUAAUGUACCUCAGGAGCAUGGAAAAAUUUACCCUCCUCAGUUCAUGAUGAAGCUCUACAACAAGUACGCCUUAGAUAGCACGGCAAUCCCUCAGUCUGAUGUCAUACGCAGCUUCAGUGUCCAAGAUAUCACACAUUCUGUGAAAAACGGCCCAAAGGCAAGACACAGGCUGCUGUUCAACAUCAGCAUACCCAGCCACGAAAAGGUCAUCACAGCUGAAUUACAACUCUUCUUCGUCCCGGAUGCCAGGUCAAGGGUGACCUCCCACAUUUUCACAGCCUCUGUGAACGUCUACGAAGCAGAUUACGACAGUUUGAAAUCCACGCCACAACUUGUAGCUUGCAAACAGUUGACGGGUUCUCAGAGCAUGUGGGCGACGUUGGAUGUCACCGCAUCCGUGCAGAACGGAGUCAGGUCAGGUCAUCGAAUAACUGGGUUUGAUGUUGUGGUGGCCGUGGACGACUGUGGCGAUGAUAGUGGCAGUUUGAGCAUGAGCUUUUCAGUGGGCGAUAACACCUCAGCAGCUUUGAUCGUCUUCUCAGAUGACCUCGGCAGCAGGAGGCGGGAGGCCAGGAAAGAACUCAAGGAGAUGAUCCUCCAUGAAAAGGAAACCAUCUUCCACUCGGAUGCCAACUGGAACACCGAGGAUCAGCUCGCCAAUCAGAUUCCCGGAGUUCACUAUCGUCGGAAGAGGAGAAAGGCGGAGCGGGAAUACUGCAGGCGGACGUCUCUCAAGGUCAACUUCAGGGACAUCGGCUGGGACAGCUGGAUCGUGGCACCUCCGGAAUACGACGCCUUUGAAUGUCGGGGGUUGUGCUACUACCCGCUGACGGACGAAUCCACCCCAUCCAAGCACGCCCUCAUCCAGACGCUGAUGAACAUCCGGAACCCCAAGAAGGCCAACAUGGCGUGCUGCGUCCCCAUCAAACUGGACCCCAUCACUGUCAUGUAUCAGGAGAAUGGACUUAUCACGAUCAGAUACUUGUAUGAGGAGAUGAAGGUGGCAGAAUGUGGAUGCAGGUAGUCAGGAAGAACACAAAUACUAUAUUUGACAUUGGUAUUAUUAAAACUGUAUUUAUGUUGUCCAGCUAUUUUAUGAAUACAUGUAAAUCUGUAUAUUUGUAAUUUCUAUCUAUAGUUUCCUACAACAGAAUAUGUACAGUAGUGAAUAGACCAUUGCCCCUUAGGACCUGUCUUAUCAUUAGUUACUGUACAUACUCCUGUAUAGUGCCGCUGUUUCUUUCACGAUAUGGAAAUUAUUAGAAAUGAUGCUAUUGAAAAAAUAUAUAUAUAAUUAAAAUGUGACAUAAUGCAUUAAUAAAGAAUUGUGUUUAAAUAGUCUUUUAAUACUGUUUAAUUCUGACACACCAUAAAAUAAUCUUUAGGACUGAGUUCAAAUUAGGUUUUAUUGUAAAAAUUUAUUGUAAAAUUAUUCUGAGGCUUUCCAUGCAUUAAAUAAAUUGUAACACUGGUAAAUUAUGUAUUGAGGUGUAGCAAAUGUGGUCUAUGAAAAAAAAAAAAUUGGGAUGCCAGUAUCUAUUUCCAUGUUUUCAAUUUUGUUGUCAGUUUUAUUUUGCCUAAAAAUGGCAAUAUAUUAUCACAUUUUUAUAAUAUACUGAAUGUACUGUAUAAGGUAGCAGGGCCAUUGCCCCGUAGAUUUAGUGAAAGGUAUUGCAAAUGUGAACCACUACACAGGAGGGGUCGGAUGAUAAAGUGGGAAAAGUGAUCUAUCCCUUGGACUGGUUGCUAAAAAAAUGAAGGCUGAUUGGUAAUGAGUGGAAAUUGGGUCCAAAUCAACCACGAAAUCACCAAAUGCAGUAGAUUGUACAUAGGUUGGCUGGAAUGUCACAGCUCUGUUAUUUAUGGCUAUACAGUACUCAGUAAAAGUACAACAUUGUUAUUAUCAACUUUUGUGUAGAUGGUCGGGGAAGGGGAUGGAUUAUCACUCCAAUUUCACUCUGAUUGAUUGGCACCCAGUCCAGAAUGGAGUCCACCUUUUCCCAUAAAUCAGCUGGACUACACCUCAUUAGUAGUAUUGUGGAUAUGGUAGCAAUGUGAACCACUAUAGUUCUAAAAGCAGUAGAUUGCGGUUUCCUGGAAAAGUCUAGAUAAAAUAUACUGUAAAUUGUACUGAUGUCAAUAUGUGAACCACUACGGAGGCCAAACUGAAAGCAUACUUCUCAACACUUGUUUAUUAAGUUAGUUCAAUCUCUCAGGAGGCUGAAAAGCUUAGUAGAUUAACAACUGUGACCGGCUGGCAUUCUGUACCUACUGAGACGUUAAUUAAUUAAAAAGAUUAUCCCAGCGCCUUGGCAGUCGUGAAUAUGUGUGCAUACUGAUCCCUGAAUAUUUUAGGCUCAGGGCUAGUUUGAGCAAAUGUGCAGAAUUAAUGUUUACAUUUUGUUCUCAUUUGAUUUGUGUAUUUUGUUAUUUGGUGGGUACAGUAUGUACAGGCAAGGUCGAAUAGAAGUAAUGCUGGUGUUCAGUGAAUUAGCUGUGUGUUAUGCAAGUUGAGAAGUGAUAUCGAAAGUAAAGGUAUUAAGAUUAGUAGACUUUGGAUAAAGAGUUUUGCUGCAUAAGCCUUGAGCUGCAUGCAGACGUGUCUGGAUCAGGAUCUCGCAGGUCCUCAGCUGAACCCAAAUUAUGAUCUAUAGUUCUGUAGACCAAGCCAAGCAUUUCAAAAGAGAGCAAGACAGGGGUGUUACUAAGUUUUAUGAAUGGGGGGCGCUUACCCCCCAGCUGUGUCACACCCCAGCAGUGUCGCACCCAGAAGAUAUUUUGGCGCUGGGGGGAGGGGUGUGUGAGUGGUGAUCAAGUGUGGGCGGCAUCUCGGUGGCCAAAACCUAUUGUCCCCUAAUCAUUUAGUGGGGGCUGAAGCCCCCCUAAAAUAGGCCUAGCGACGCCACUGGAGCAAGUUAACUUUGCUCUCGUUUUCACCGUGAAGGAACAUGCGAUUAAAAGCAGCUAUGCCACGUGUCGACAAACACUCAGCUGUGAAGUGACCCAGACGUGACCUGCACUUAAUUGCACCAAAGUACACCACUGCCGUGAGCUUUCGUAAUGCAAUAGUAUGAUCGGGCUUUUGAGCAUAUUUGAAUGCUUAAACUUGUGCGUUUGUAGGAAGUUUUGUCCAUUGACCCACAGGAACAUUGUCAUCGUCACUUGGUUACUGCUCUUGAAAUGACCUUGGAACAGAAAAGGGUUUUCCUCAAUAGCCUGAAAUAUCUUGGUCAAAUAAAUGAGAUUAAUUGGGACUUCAUUGAUGCAACUCAGCCCCUGCUUAAUUGAACAGUUAUCAAUUGAUUAAGUGGAGUGUUUUGAUAUUGUUGUCUAUAAAGUGUAUAGCAAUUAAAAUAAAAUAAAGCCAAUACUUUACCUUUAUGUGCUUGUAUGUAAAUGUAAGCAUGAUAUUAUAUUGAGCAAAUGUGGACGCAUGCAUCAUGUGGGUUGCCUGUAUUUUUUAUAUUUAACGACUUUUGAUGUGUAAGGAAGUAAAAUGUCUUUAUCGCGUACAAUAUCAAGAUAUAUUGUUGUUGUUUUUUAUUGUUGUUUUUUUUGGUAUUUGUCACAGGUACAAUGUACAGAAAUGUUUAUGCAGGAGUGUUCAAUCUAUUCUAUUGUGUUCUGUUGUACUUCUGACCAGCAGAGGGGGAUACAACACCAAGCAAACCAAGCAUGGCACCUCAUACAAGUCUUGUUGUUAUAUGUAUUGGUAAUGAAAAAAUAAAGAUUAGGAUAAUG